ACUGUCAAAUGUCGAUACUCUCUUUUUUCCAUUGUUAUUCUCUUCGCGCGAGAGAGUAUAUUGAAAAUCUAGUACCUCAAUACAUAAACAUUGCUUCGCAGCUGUCAUCUGUCAGAGUAAACAACUUAUGCCGCGAUUGAAAGUAUCGCAAUCGCAUAAAAUGAAUUUAAAAUCAAGCAUAAACAUUAUUUUCGAGUGGAAUUUGUGGACAUUCAAUUAUUAAAGUGUGUUUUGUCGUGAAUAUUUUGUGCGGAACGUGAAAAGAAUGGGUUUAGAUUUUGAUCCAAUCGACUAUUGUCGAACACUGGCGCGAGCACCAUCGCCAUACAAGUGUCCAGUGGAAAAAUGCAGCAAAUCGUACAAAUCUAUUUAUGGUUUGCAAUAUCAUUUGGUGAACUAUGAUCAUGAUACGAGGCAGCAAAUUACGCCAGCUCGAACGCCGGCCAGAAAACAAAAAAGUUUCACUUCGCCGAACGCUACAACGCCUGGUGGCGGUGGUUUGGCCAAUUUUGGUUCACCGAAAGAGGGAUUGACCUACUUGGAAGCGCAACAUGUUGUUCAAUUCGAAAUCGAUGCAAAAAGUAUUAAAGUGUCUACCAUCGAACCGAUUCCAAUGAUUGAACCGGAGGAAUAUGAAAAAUUGGUUGAAAAAGGCGAAGCACCACCAUUCAUUGAACCCGAACCGGAGCCACAUAUCAAACUACCCGAAGCCAAUUUCAAUAAAGUGGAAAAUUACUCGAUUUGCGAUGCACCGCAAAGACCAAACGCGUAUAUCAGAUUCAUUGAAAAAAGUCCGGAAGAAUUGGACGGUGAAAUUGAAUAUGAUGUGGAUGAAGAAGAUGCCAUUUGGCUUGAACGAAUGAAUAAUGAACGCGCGGAGAAUGGAUUGAGUGCAGUUUCCAUUGACACACUCGAAUUGCUGAUGGAUCGUUUAGAAAAAGAAUCGUAUUUUCAAACGACAAACGAGCAAGGCGGAGCUGUUGUUGAUGCAGAUGCUGUGUGUUGUAUCUGUUUGGACGGCGAUGCUACUAACACCAAUUUCAUAUUAUUUUGUGACAGAUGUAAUUUGGCCGUGCAUCAAGACUGCUAUGGCGUACCCUACAUUCCCGAAGGUCAAUGGUUGUGUCGACGUUGUUUGCAGAGUCCAAGUCGACCUGUUGAUUGUGUAUUGUGUCCAAAUACAGGCGGUGCAUUCAAGCAAACCGAUCGGAAUCAGUGGGCUCACGUUGUCUGUGCACUUUGGAUACCUGAAGUUCGAUUUGCAAACACAGUUUUUCUAGAACCGAUAGACUCCAUCGAAACGAUUCCUCCGGCGCGUUGGCGUCUUACAUGCUACAUUUGUAAGCAAAAAGUUGGAGCCUGUAUUCAGUGCCAGCGAAAUAGUUGUUAUGCUGCUUUCCACGUUACUUGUGCCCAACAAGCAGGAUUAUACAUGCACAUGGACACUGUAAAAUCAACAUCCGACGAAUCGAGUCCAGUGACUGUGCAAAAGAUUGCCUAUUGCGAUGCGCAUUGUCCAGCCGUUACGGGUGGAAAUGAUAGCAUGAAUUUAUCGAGCGCAGAAGCGGAACGACUGCGACAACAAUCUCGCAUCAAAAUGAAGCAAGCUCGCAAAACGUUAGCCAUGAAACGAGAGAGUGUGCCCAUCAUAUUGGUGCCGACAAUUCCACCUGAUCGCGUGCAGCAGAUCACAUCGUUGGUCCAUUUCCAUAAGAAAUCACAGUUUAUUCAACGACUCAUCGCCUACUGGACACUGAAACGGCAGCACCGAAAUGGUGUUCCGUUGCUACGACGUUUGCAAAGCCAAGGUGCGAUGCAUCAAAAUCGCGGAAUCGAAGGAUCGCCCAAUGCAUCCGAGUUAAAUCAACAAUUGAAAUACUGGCAAUGCUUGCGACAGGAUCUGGAACGAGCUCGUCUACUCUGUGAAUUGGUUCGCAAACGUGAAAAGCUCAAGGCAUUGUACAUUCGAACUGUGGAACAAUCGAUAUUGAUGCAACUGAAUCCGCUGGAGGAAGCCAUGUCGCGGCUGCUUGACUCAAUCUUUGCAAAAGACAUACAAGAGAUUUUCACCGAGCCAGUGGAUGUGGAGGAAGUGCCUGAUUACCUGAAUGUUGUUACACAUCCGAUGGAUUUGAGCACAAUGCGAUCGAAACUGCGCGAAGGAAAAUAUGAAAUGCUGGACGACAUGGAAAAUGACUUCAACUUGAUGAUACAAAACUGUUUGGCCUACAAUAACAAAGAUACAAUCUUCUAUCGUGCCGGCGUUCGUAUGCGUGAUCAAUGUGCUUCGCUGUUUAAGUCUGUGCGGAAAGAAUUGAUUCGCGAUGGCAUCGUUGAAAAACCACAAUCAGAUGAAUCAAUUGCGCACGAAGUCGAUGCCGAGCUAGUAGCAUUGAUUGAACAAGAUCUACCGUACGAAGAACUAAUAUCGAAAUUGCAAGAGCUUAUGAAGAAAACGAUGCGAAUCAAACAUGGUUUAGUUCGACAGAAACGUGUUAAGAAUGUUAAAGCCGAAAUUAUGAGAGCGAAAAAGCAAUCGAGUAAAGGUGGCGACAAAUCGAAUUCAAGCAGUCCAACGAAAGCCACCGGAACACCGAAGAAACGGCCCCGAUCACCAGCCAAUACAUCACAGUCCGACGAUCUGGAAGAUGCGAAUAAAGAAUCACAAACACAGCCAAUCACACCAUCAUGUAGUCCAAUCAAAAAUGCUGGCAACAGUGCGUCGCCAUCGGGCGUGAAUCGACGCACUGCUGUUUUAUUCACACGGAAAGCAAAGGCGGCUGCUUCGAUUAAGAAGCCGGAGGCAACAACUGGUCGAAAUCCACUUGCUUCCGAUUCAACGAGUAGUACACCAACAUUGAGUGCCUUCGACAAUAAACACACCUCGCCAAGUGCGUCUUCUUUAGCCGUACCAUCGACAAGUGGCUCAACAUCUCUUGGAAGCAGUGGGUGUCAGAAGAAAGUUUCACCGUUGAAAGAGCGCUACGUCCCUUCUAACAUUAUGCCCGACAGCUUUCGAACAUACCGUGGACGAGGUUUGGCACAGUCAUCCGAUUCAGAGGAUUCAAACGUUAGUUACACGCAUUCGUGCGAAUGUAGCAGUUGCACUGGUUCUGAGUUCGGCUCAAGCUAUGACGAUGAGGAUGAUGAUUUCUUCAGUGGGAGUGACGAUCGUGAAGAGAAUGAGAAAAGUAAUCUGAUAAAAUCGUUUGGCACUCCGUCGACGACGGAUGUGUCGCCGUCAAAAAAAAAAUCCGAAGACAGUUCGGGAACAAAUGCAAGUGCUUCGAAUAAUACUUCAUCUGAGUCUAUAUCCAAUCAUUAUGCGAACGUUAAUCAAUCAGACGGUACGGGAUACGAGCCGUUACAAUUGGUGUGGGCCAAGUGUCGUGGUUAUCCGGCCUAUCCAGCUCUAAUUAUCGAUCCAACUAUCCCAAAAGGAUUCAUUUACAAUGGCGUUCCAUUGCCGACGCCACCACGAGAUGUUCUCGAGCUACGCAAAGACAAAGUCGAACCGGUAUACUUGGUACUAUUUUUCGAUGCAAAACGCACGUGGCAAUGGCUGCCACCAAAUAAAUUGGAAAGAUUGGGCGUAAAUGAUCAGCGCGACAAGAGUAAGUUAACGGAGAGCAGAAAGCAAAGCAAAGCCGUUCGAAAGGCCUACGAAGAUGCAUUGCACUACAACAGCCAAGUAACAGAUCUGAAUGGUCAAGGACCCGGAGCAAUUAUGUAAUCAGCCAUUGAAAUUUUAUUUCGUUCGCAUUUCAAUUUAUUUUGUAUCAUUUUAGACGUUAAGUUUUCACCAGUUUUCUUUUUCUUUGCACUUUUGAAAACAUUAAAAACAUUUCCACCACGUUUAAUUAUCCGAAGUUAGUUAUUACUAUUUUUUGGCUAGGAAUAAAAACGGUAUAAUUUUUCAUUAAAAAAAUAAAAAUAAAUAAAACUGUUGAGUCGAACAAA